GAUAAAGCCCUUUUUGUAGCAGUUUGGUUUUGGCUGCAUGGUAAUGAGUGGAGGACAGACAACCAAACAGAUGGAUGCAGCUCUUACGCUGAGCAAGACAGACAGAUGGCUGUGUGUCCUUUUAGGGAGAAACUUUGAAUCCUGAGACAAAGAGACAUUGAAGGAAUCACUAAAGCCUGUGUGGACUUGCGUGGACAUAAAAACUGACCCUGCAGAUUCAUCAUGGAGCUUGUCCCAAAAACCAAAUACACACACUUUCGGAGUGAAUCGCUGAGCUCAAAUGAUGAAACAAACUCUAAUCCAUCAUCGUUCCCUCCGUCCAGUCCUGCUACCCCGCUCACUCCGUCCCCUGGUUUACCUUCUUCUCUCUCCUCCUCAUCUCUCACCCCAAUCUUACCCCCCUCUUCUCCCCGGCCAGCUGAGAACAGCCCCACCACCCUCUGCUCCUUCUUCCCCAGGAUGGGAUCCCUGCGUCUCGGGGUCUCCACCACUCUUCUCCCAGGACUCAAGGCCUCGAGCAGGCCGCAGCAGCCCCAAGCGCCUGUUGAGUCCUCUGGGGAUGACAGGAGCAGCUCUAGCUCCUCCCCUCUGCUUCUUCACCCUGUUACCCCACUAACUGCUCCUUUUCCUCCUCCCCGACCUCCUCUGCAGGACAUGAACCGGCUGGGAGGGGCGUCCAGGAGGGCACGGGUGGAAGGAGGGCAACUAGGAGGAGAUGAGUGGACGCGCCAUGGCUCCUUCGUCAACAAGCCCACCCGUGGCUGGCUGCACUCUGACAGUGUGGUCAGCACCGCCGGUGUUUGUUACUCUGUUCGGUACAUGGGUUGCGUGGAAGUGCUACAGUCAAUGCGAGCGCUGGACUUCAACACUAGAACUCAGGUCACCAGGGAGGCAAUAUCUGUGGUGUGCGAGGCGGUACCCGGAGCCAAAGGAGCCCAGCGCAGGAGAAAGCCUUCCUCUCGCUGUAUGACGUCCAUCCUCGGAAAGAGCAACCUACAGUUUGCUGGCAUGACAAUCAGUCUCACCAUCUCGACUAGCAGCCUCAAUCUGCUGGCAUCCGACUGCAAACAGAUAAUUGCCAAUCAUCACAUGCAGUCCAUCUCCUUCGCCUCUGGAGGAGACCCAGAUACGGCUGAGUACGUAGCAUAUGUGGCCAAAGACCCAGUCAACCAGAGAGCAUGUCAUAUCCUGGAGUGCUCAGAGGGUUUAGCCCAGGAAGUUAUCAGCACCAUCGGCCAGGCCUUCGAACUGCGUUUCAAACAGUACCUGAAGAACCCACCUAAACUGGUCACACCUCAUGACAGAAUGGCUCCAUUUGACGGCUCUGCAUGGGAGGAAGAAGAUGAUGAGGCUGCUCCGCCUCCUGAUGUCCCUUACUAUAAUAAUUUCCCUGGAAAACAGCCUCCCCCUGGUGGACUGGUUGACAUGAGGACACGCCCAGGGGCAACGCUGCCGUAUGGACAGCCAGGACAGAACGACAUUCACAAGCAGCCUCUGCCGCCUCUACCAGUGGGUGCCAAAGAAGGAGGGCGGGAGAUGUUCGAUGACCCCUCAUACGUCAAUGUGGACAAACCCCGCCCCCCAGUUGCAGCAAAUGGAAAUGCUCACAGAGAUGCUUUUGACAUGAAGCCGUUUGAUGAUGCCCUGGGGGUUUCUGGGCACGGUGGACAGAGCUCAGUGACAGCAGCGCCCCCUCUGGUGCAGCAGUUGCAAUGUGAGGCCUGGUUCCAUGGUAGCUUAAGUCGCAGAGAAGCGGAGAGGCUGCUGACCCGAGAUGGCGACUUCCUAGUGCGGGAGUCUGGGACCACGCCCGGACAGUACGUCCUCACAGGGCAGCAGGGGGGGCAGCCCAAACACCUGCUACUAGUCGACCCAGAAGGAGUGGUUCGUACUAAAGAUCAUCGGUUUGAAAGUGUGAGUCACUUGAUCAGCUACCACAUGGACAACAGACUCCCCAUCGUAUCAGCUGGUAGCGAAGUGUGUCUGCAACAGCCAGUCGAGCGCAGGGCCUGAUGCUGCAAAGACCAAUGAAAUACACCACCAAAUAUACACACACUCCUACUGCAAUUCAGCACACAAUCAAAACAUCCACAUGCUAAAAACACACGCAGCGACACACACAUGAACACACAUCGCAAAGAAAACCAAAAAGAAAAAAAAAAAGAUCACCAUUUUCUCUGCAAAAUCACUUACUUGCUGCUGUUGCCACAUGUCCCUGUCCUCUCUGAAAGCCAAACUGUGAUCUGCAGUCCCUCCUCGACCCCACCAACCGUCAGGCGCAUCGCUCCACAACGGAGAAGCACUGCUGCAAUUUCUCAACAGCCUACUGUGAACCAGGGAGGAGCCCUACGCUCAUUUCAGGAACGGGCAGAAAACAAAUGCAAUUUUUUUUAACAAAAAAAAAAUCACAGCUUUGAAUUAUGAAAAACAAAAUAAAAACAAAAACACUUUACUAAUACAUGAAAUUGUGAACCUGAAGAGUGAGGAGACGAUGUGACGUGGAUUGAGCUUGUGUUCUUUCAUCUGGAGGAAAUGAUCUCCCUCCUCGGACUGUCGCUGGAGCAUGUUUGGCAAAACCCAAACUGGAAGGAACCGGUUCUUUGUCUGAACCAGGCUGGGACACACACACUCCCUUCAGGUGUCACGUUAGCUAUUUGGCUGCAAACCUGACUUUGACGUAACUCUGAUGAAUAUGCAUAAACCAGUCGGCUUCCGAUUUAAUCAGGAGGGCCACGUUAGAGACUUUUGAACUUUGAGUUGGAGCUGAUGAGAAAAGCCUGUAUGCAAAACUGGGACUGCUAUGCCAAUGACCAUCAUAUAUCUGUUUAUUUCAUGUGUUUUGUUCUAUCUUGGGACUCAUUAUUAAUCGGACAUUACAGCUGUACUGCCCUAAUCCCUCCGUAAAUGCAGAUACACGUGCACCACCUGUCAUGCCAAAGAACAUGAACUUGGUUGCUAACAGCAGAAGAGGAAGCCAUUAUAAUUAUCAACUGUUAUCUUUCUUGUGUAAUAAUUGCAGCUUUGGGAGCUAAUUAGAAGGACAGAAUUGCACAUAAAAUGGGCCUGUGUUGGAUGGAAGAAGAAUGAAGGCGCUCGUGCCUGAACACAUCGUCAGAAGGGCUUCGCUGUCACCUACAAACACAAUAACUACAUUUAGAGAAGCACGGACCACAUCAUUCUGAGCCACUGCUUCUCUUUGACAUCUUAGUAUGUGUUUGCAUUGACAAUCUAUGGGUUAUAUCUUCACAGAGUAAACUGAAAGCAAUGGAGUGUUGUUAAAGGAGAACCCUUUAAGCAGAGGCCGAUAAGAAAUGUCUAAGCAAAGAAUUUUCCUCUGCAAAAAAUGAUGCAAAGUAUGUCAUAGUAAGUGUUUUGGUAAAACUUUUUGUGUAUUGUAAUGACGCUUUACUUUUUAAUCUCUUGAGGGAAUCAUUUUUUAAAAGCUUGUAUCAAAAGAAAUGGUUCUGUGGUAGCAGAAGAUAAGGACAUGCAUGUUUUCGGAGCGUUGCUAACGAUGAAUUGUUGAGCCAAACGCUGCUCCUAGGUGUGCUGUUUAAAAAAAACAAAAAAAAAACUGGAGGAUCCGAAGGGAGACGUUCUCCUCUCCUCUUCCUCCUCCAUCAACUCAUGACAUUGUUUUUUAUAUCUUUUUAUAUCGUGCCUUGUUUCUUCGAUGCAGUCACAUCACUUCAAAGCAGUCACCUUAUGUACUUAAUUCAAAUGUAGUCACCUACAGGAGAAUCUCACACAAGCCUCUCAGUUAAAACAAAGACGCAAAUAUGACACUCCAGUAAACACACACGAUCCGAUCCAGUGAUGGCAAUCUCCUCUGAUGCACAUUCUUGCUUUAAGCAUAUAUGUAUAGUCACAGAUACUUGAUGUCACCAUAGUGGGGAUACUUCCUGACCACCUGUAAAUAGCAUCGGCUUUUAAUUGGUCAGCUUGGUAAAUGGUUAAUGUUUGUUGUAUAUUUGAAGACCUAAUUGAUAAGUACCGCCACAAACCACAGCACUGCGGCAGCUCUCUAAGCCAAUUGAACGUGUCAAAGAGAUUGUCUUCAAACUCCUGAAAUACGAGAAGGGAUCUUUUCAGUUUAAACCUGAAGUUUUAACUCGUCCUAAAACCAAGAAGUGGUCUCACCUGUAAUCUUACCAUGCACACCAAACCAGAGUGAAGGCUGGGUCGGUCAGACACAAACCUCUACCGGUUGUGGUGUUUGUAGGUCAGAAAGAGGAAAACCAGAGCUUAAGGUUCUGUGUGUGUGUGUGACCGACCCACCCAACACUGCAUCAUUAGACACCAGGUCCUGUGUUAACAUAGUUCAUCACAGUUGCCUUUGUUGCAUGAAAAUCCUGUCAAAAGUUGUUGGUGAUAGUGUUGUUGUUGUUGAUGCUGUUGUACUUUUCUUUUUUUUGAAAGCCAAAGGUUACUUUCAGAUUGCGUGCACAGAUUUUGACUUUAUAUAUAUUUCUGUUUUAAUACUUUUUGUUUUGUUUUUAGGGAAACAUGUCUGUGUACACCUGUAUCUGAAAAUAUAGAUUGCAUAUAUAAAUUCAUAUAUCAUUCAUCUCUGUGCAAGAUUGGCUUUUGGUAUAAUUGUAUAUACAGUAUGACCUAAG